UUCUUUCGCCUCCUCCCCCCUUCGCUCCUUCUUCACUACUCCUCCUCUUCAUCAGGACGACUCGACCUCCUGUCACUCCGUCCCUCUCCUCUUCCCGUCACCAAGGAGAUGACAGGGACUCUUCCCAGGUUUCCCAGCAUGCAGCGAGGGAUGACCAUGCCUUCCUUGUUCAGCGGUGUCAGCACUCCCAGUAUUCCCAGUUUACCCCGCGGCCUCACCAUGCCCAGCAUGCCCAGUUUACCCAGCAUGCCCAGUCUUCCCCGGGGCAUCACCGUGCCCAAUUUUCCCAGCCUGCCGAGGGGCAUCACCGUCCCCAACUUUCCCAGCAUGCCCAGUCUACCUCGAGGCCUUACUGUGCCCAGUCUACCCAGUUUACCCAGAGGGAUGUCGCUGCCGAGGUCCGUCGCCAUGUCCACCAUAUCCCAGGCUCCUCGGAGGCUGCUGCAGGACUGCUGCUCUGUACUGGACCACCAAACGCCAGGAGGUCUGUGUGGAUGCUGCUGGGCACUGCGGCCUCGCUACAAGCGGCUGGUCGAUAAUAUUUUCCCAGAAGACCCAGAGGAGGGUCUGGUGAAAGCCAACAUGGAGAAGCUGACGUUCUUUGCUCUGUCAGCUCCGGAGAAACUCGACCGCAUCGCUGCAUACCUGUCAGAGCGUCUGACCAGGGACCUGAACCGCCACCGCUACGGGUACGUGUGCAUCGCCAUGGAGGCCAUGGAGCAGCUGCUGCUGGCCUGUCACUGUCAGAGCAUCAACCUGCUGGUGGAGAGUUUCCUCAGCACGCUGCGUCUGCUGCUGGAGCACGACAAGCCUCACCUGCACAUGCUCGCCACAAACUCUUUUGUGAAGUUUGCGAACAUCGAGGAGGACACGCCUUCAUACCAUCGCAGCUACGACUUCUUCGUGUCUCGCUUCAGUGAGAUGUGCCACUCUGAACAUGAAGACCCAGAAAUGAAGAACCAGAUCCGUGUGUCGGGGAUCCGCGGUCUUCAGGGCGUGGUCAGGAAGACGGUGGAUGAUGAGCUGCAGGCCAACAUCUGGGAGCUCAGGCACAUGGAGCAGAUCGUUCCUGCUCUCCUGGUCAACCUACAGGAGCGGACCACCGCUGACAGCGAGUCUCCGGCGGAGCAGACGGAGGUUUGUUUCAGGGAGCUGUUGGGUCGAGCUGCUUACGGACACAUCAACAACGCCAUCAGACCCGUCCUCAUGCACUUGGACAGCCACAGUCUUUGGGAAGGUCGAAGUUUUGCUGUUCAGUGUUUUCAGAUCAUCAUGUACUCAAUCCAGUCCCAGCACUCUCACCUGGUCAUCCAGCAGCUGCUGGGUCACCUGGACGCCAACAGCCGCAGUCCGGCUUCAGUCCGGGCCGGGAUCGUCGAGGUUCUGUCUGAAGCUGCCGUCAUAGAAGCUACCGGAUCAGUAGGCCCCACAGUGCUGGAGGUUUUCAACACGCUGCUGCGACAGCUUCGACAGAGCGUUGACUACGAGCUGACUGGUUACUACGACAACGCCGGGCUGAACAAAACCACAUCAGCUGAGGAGAAAACGCUGCAGGACGCCGUCAUCAAAACCAUCGGAUCCUUCGCCAACACACUCCCUGUCUACCAGAGGUCAGAGGUCAUGCUGUUCAUUAUGGGGAAGAUCCCUGUACCUGGAAUCUACCCUGCCCUGGGGUCGCCAAACGCCGGGUUCGAGGGCAGCAGAAUGAUCCAGGUGAUGCUGCUCAAGUCGCUCCUGCAGGUGUCGGAGCGUUACGAAAGCUCUAACCUGCUGACGGCCCUGCCCUCGUCCUUCCUGGAGCCGCUGCUGUCCUUCACUCUGAUGGAGGAUCCUGAGAUCCGCCUCCUCGUCCUCUCCAUCCUCACCUCGCUCAUCGACCGCCGCCACAAUGCCGCCAGACUGUCCACCGCCAGUGUGAACUUUGACGUGUCCGUGUUGGAGCUGAAGGAGGACAGGUGCUCUCGUCAGGACGUUUUGUUCAUCAGGAAGCAUGCUCAACGUCUCUACCGUCACGUCUACCUCACCUGUAAGGAGGAGAGCAGUGGGCGGGGACACUACCAGGCCCUUUUCAUCCUAUUGGUUGUCCUCAGUGUGGAGCUGUCCAAUGAGGAGGUGGUGGUGGAUCUGAUCCGUCUGGUGCUGGCUCUACAGGAGCUAGCAUUGUCCAAUCAGGAGCAGCUGUCUGUGUUAAACCGCUGUGGCGUUCAUGCCCUUUGUGCCGUCUUCCUUCACAUCCUGUCUCAGCUGGGACCGCCUCUUCCUCUGCACCAACACAUCAGAAAGGUGAUUGAGAGUCGACAGAAGGACGCUCCUCACCUGCUGCCUGAAGAUGUUUACUGUGAAAACCCCAGACUUCCUGAAGGUGAGCUGCAGGUCAGUGAAGACUUCUUAUUUGUCCAAUCAGAGAUCUGUGAGGCUCUGACAGGAAGCAGCUACAGCGCCCACGAUGAGCGCUUCAACACACCGUACACACCCCAGCUGACAGAUGAAGAUCGUCUCUCUAAGAGGAAGAGUAUCGGAGACGUCGUCUCUCUACAGAUGGAGAUGAACCCUCAGGAAGGCUCUGAUACUCAACAGCGUCCUCAGACGGAGCAGAUCACCUUUGAGACACUGAAGAACACGAUCGAGGAUCGUGGGAGCGUGGAGGAGGAGGAGCGCCGGAGGAUGCAAGUGGUGGAGAGGUUUCAGACGGCACCAUUUGAGGAGAUCGCCGCUCACUGUGGCGCCCGAACGUCUCUGCUCCAGACCAAACUGAACGAAGUCUUCGCCAUGAUCAUCCGUCCUCCUCCCUCUCCGUCUGGUCACACCACGCCGCGCUCCACGCCUCUCUACGAGAUGAAGUUCCCCGACCUCUGUGUUUAUUAAAGACGAGGGUCAGAGGUCAGGCAGGAGACUCACAUCAGCACUUUAACCGGCUCACACAUAUUGGUUAUCCUGGAAUAAUUUAUCUCUGCUGCUGUUGUUUCCCUAAAUUUAUUUAAAGAUUAAUUUAUUGAUUUAUUUUGACUUCUGUAAAAAACAUCAACCUUCUGUUCUCUUCCUGUAGUUUUCUCUUUGAUGUUCCUUCUAUUUUAGUCAGGAAACUGAAGAAUAAAUUAUUUUACUUUAAUUUCUUUGGUUUCAUUUUCUUCUUUUAUUCACAUCAAAAUUUAUUUAUUUUUUUCUUCAGUUUUUACUUAUUUUUACAUCUUUUUUAUUCCUUAAUGGACAAAUUAAACAAAUUCUAUACUUAAAGCCAAAGAAAUGGACAAAUUUGCCAAAUUGCCAACUUUGAUGUCCUCUAAAUGGACAAAUUGCACACUUUAGGCCAACCUAAGGCUGGCUCAGACUACACGAAUUCAGCCAGAUUUAAGCCUGACUGCGACGUCGCAGCUCAUUGUCAAAACUCGGGCCUGAUUUUGAGAGUCAGGAACGACAAACCAUAUUGUGGUAUGACAUAAUUAACGACACGUCCAAGACUCCUCACGACCACAAUUUAACAAGCCUAGCAUGUCAGAAUUUUUCGUACGUUAUCAUCUCGUUUGACACCCUGACCUGACGUUAACAAC